CUAUACACGUGUCAACUAACAUCAAACAAGAACAUCAAACAAGGACAUCAAGACACUCAGGACAAUCACCCAAGACAAACUCAAAGAAUAUGGCUGCCUAAAUAUGGUUCCCAAUCAGAGACAACGAUAAGCACCUGCCUCUGAUUGAGAACCACUCCAGACAGCCAUAGACUUUGCUAGAUAACCCCACUAGCUACAAUCCCAAAUACAUACACACCAAAACCCCAAGACAAAACACACCACAAUACAAAAACUCCAUGCCACACUCUGGCCUGACCCAAUACAUGAAGAAAAACACAAAAUACUAAACCAGGGCGUGACAGUUUAAUCACCUUCUUGAUAUGCCACACCUGCCAGGUGGAUGGAUUAUCUUGGCAAAGGAGAAAUGCUCACUAACAGGGAUGUAAACAAAUGUGUGCUCAAAAUGUGAGUGACACUUUACAAACGUUGCAUUUACGUUUUUGCUCAUUCUAGCCCGUGAGAGGGCAGAUAUGCCCAGCUUGCAAACAAUUUUUUUCUCAAUGUUUCCAGUAUUUUUUUUAUUGCCAAGUUAAAGAACAUCUCCAGGAGUCCGCCCAUCGCGAAAAGAAGACAGCCAGAUUGUAGGUGCUCAGGUUAGGUCUCACUGCUGGUCACGUAGCCCAAACAUCUGCUUCGACAUAAGGAAAUAUGACUGUGCUUGCUGCUGGUUAAUGGAUACCUGAGACAGAAAAGUUCUGAAGACGUCUCCCCCUCUGAAGGGCCUGAGUGGAGGGAACGGAGUUGGGUCGUGUUCUUGAGGUGAGCCUUGGUAGACCAGGCAACCAUAACAAGAUGGUGAAAAAAAACACAGGACACUCACGACGGUCGUCCAUAUCCAAGACAGCUGGUGGCUCCCAGAUAUCCAGCCUCAAAGACUUGAGCCUGCUGGAUGGAUCUGGCCUUGGGCAGGAGGAGACCCCAGAGCUGCCUCCAGAACCCCCCACACCUGACGAGAGCCACUUGGGCUUCCCAGACCCUGUCUAUCUGCUGGCGGCAGUCAUCUUUCAGAACACUCACCUGGAGAAGCCUGCUGCCCACCGAUUAGUCAGUUAUGGCAAGCGGGCGGGGCUACCCCUGCCUGAGGCCAAGGAUGAGGCGUACCAACGCAGCUCGUAUGAGCUGGCCUUCAACACACUCAAAUACCAAGAGCUCCUGGAGGACAUCAUGAUUGACAGCUGCUUUUACCUCUCUCAGCCAAUGCCUGAUGACCAGAUGAGUCUGGUGGUGGUGAUGCUUUACGACUUCCAGGACAGGAAGUUCCUCCCUCGGGAAUGCCAGGGGGAGGAGCUCGUACAGGAAGUCAGGGAGGUGGAGAACUGCCUCCUCAGGUUUAAGACCAAGCUGGCAGCCUCCUUGGCUCGCAGUAGGAUCAAACAUGACCUCCUGACCAUCGACUGCAUCCUCCCCGAGGCUGUGAGGAAGAAACAGGAGAGAGCCAACAGGCUGCUCCUCUACGCAUGGGUCAACACAUUCAAGAGCAGCCUUGAAGAGGUGUGCGGCGUCCUGAAGCGAGGGGGAUUCUCUCAGGUGAAUUCAGUCGGGCAGUUGGAAGGGCAGUCCUUCUGUCAGGACCCCCACUGUGUGGACGUGUUGGUGUUCCCCCCCCAGCUCAAAGCUGACCUGUACCGCACCAAGCUGCUCAGCGACAACAAGCUCAUCAUACAGGAUAAGUGGUGUAGCGUCGGUCCCUGUGUGGUGCGCUCUCUGUUGCUCCCAGACGGGGACGUCCUGAUGGCUGGCUCCUCCUCCGGCCUUACCAUGUCACACACCGCCUCCCUGGUCACCCACGGCAACGCCCAUGGCAACAGCCAGUCGAAAGUGUUUGUCUGUGUUGGCGACCGCCCACCCGCCCAGAGGGAGGAGCUACAGGAGGUCCUUGCCAAUAUGGCCUGCAAGAACGUGAAGCUGAUCCCUAUGAGUUUCCUGUCUCUGGACCCAUGUGACCUGAGACUCCAGCGGGUCCGGGUCAUCCUGCUGACCCCCCAGUGCUCCGUGUCUGCAGUCAGCAACCCUGUUGAGUUCAUACUGCAGGAGAACGGAGACACAGACCUGCUCCAGGACCUGUCCCAGGGUUCCAUAGCCCAGACCAAGCUGGACACACUGGUGGCCCAGCAGAAGAGAGACAUCAUCCAUGCCCUGAAGUUCCCCAAGGUGCAGGUGGUGGUGUACUCUACCUGCUCCUUGUACCCUGAGGAGAAUGAAGAGGUGGUGAGGGGAGCUCUGGAACAGGCUGUGCCUACUGAAGGACCCAAACUACAAGCCUUCAGGCCGAGCUCUUCCUUACCCACAUCUCUGGGCCGAGCUGAGGAGAGAGCAGGGUGUCCGUUCUUCAGACUGGAUCCUUCAGACGAAACUAACGGCUGUUUCCUAGCUGUACUCACCAGAGAGCCCGACCUGGAAGAGAUCGAGUCUGCACAGGAAGUGCUUGCCAGGGCAGCAGCCACGGGCCUAUUGGACGGGAUCGAUUCCAACAAUCCAACCAGGAAGGAGAGGCGUGGCCGACAGACCCACCAGGCACCAAUCAGUCACGCCCGCUCAGCUCAUACACGCCCACACGCCACCGCCAGCAGCCAAUCCAGAGUCAUGGAGUUCCUUAACCGUGAGACCAAGGGUAGUAGCUCCGCCACUAUGGUGGGGUCGACCAAUGGAGGUCUGUCGCAACGAGGUAAAGCCAAGCCUGCUCGCCGACGCCCUCCCAAGCCCUCCCUCUCCAACAGUACCUCCUACACCUCCCCUUACUCCGCCCCUAACCCCGCCUCCAGCCUCUCCAGGAAGAAUCAGACCUGCCUCAUCAACACUGCAGCCGCAUACAACAACCGCCACUCGCCUAACGCUACAGACCCCAACCCCCCUGCUGCCCCUCUCACCCCCCUGGUUCACCCUGGCCCCCCUAAGGGACGUCAGGAGGUGCUGCGCCCCGUGGCCCUCACCCUGCCCCCGGUCCUGUUCCCUGGGUACUCCCCCCUGGCCAGACAGAUACGGAACCUCCCUCCGCCUCCCCAGAGGUCCAACCCCACCCUGCCUUACUACCAGUGGAAGACCUCACCCCCCCAGGUGCCCCUGAUCAAGUCCUCUGGUAGUGUCAACGAAAAGCCUGUCGUCAAACACCCUCGCCCCUGGCUCUGACACGGCACACAGGACAAUACUUCAGGCAAAUACACCCUCAAAUACUGAAGACAAAAAACACACUACCAUACACUAAAAUAUAGAAUACAUGUUACACACAUACACACACACAUAUACAUACAUAUAUAUAUAUACAUAUAUAUACACACACACAGUGUCCAUAGUGCUGUCACUAGUAUAGUUUUAAAGCAAAAACAAUAAAGCACCUUUAAAGUCAUUUCACUUUAAUACUUUUCGUAUGUGUCAUAAAACAAGUAUGCCAUAGUCUCAAGUAUACAGUAAUUGUAUAUUUUUACAGUAGUGCCAAUUACCAAAUAUGUGAUUUCAUGACUUCAAUGACUUGACCCAUUACAUGAGAAAAUAAACCUGCACUUUCAAGA